UCAAUGCCUUAGUUGACGAGAUAUCUACCUACCCAACAUCCCCUGCAUCACCAAAUUAGGAAUAAACAAGAUGGUUGACAAUGAGAAGCAAGCAUCAGGCGGGUUGGUGUGGGUUGCCAAGUUUGCUGAUGGAUCAAGCAAGCAGCUCGAGCCUGAGCCCAGAUGCAUCUGUGUGGGCUUAAUCAUGGGUUGCAGAACUAGCAUCUGCAAUUUUGCAGGGGAUGUAUGGAAGCUUGGAGCCAGUGACCCAAGGAAGGUAGUGCACUGCAUGAAGGUCGGCCUGGCUCUUACUGUGGUCUCCCUCUUUUACUACAUGAGGCCCUUGUAUGAUGGAGUAGGAGGGAAUGCUAUGUGGGCAGUCAUGACAGUGGUGGUUGUCUUUGAGUUUACUGUAGGUGCCACACUGAGCAAAGGCAUAAACAGAGGGAUAGGGACUCUGUUGGCGGGCUCUCUCGCCAUUGGAGUGCACUUCGUCGCCAGCCAUUCUGGGGACAAAGGGGAGCCCAUUGUUCUUGCCGGCUCCCUGUUUCUGUUGGGGUCGGCGGCCACCUUCUCGCGUUUCAUCCCGUGGGUGAAGCGCCGGUACGACUACGGCGUGCUGAUCUUCAUCCUCACCUACAGCCUCGUCUCCGUGUCGGGCUAUCGCAUAGAGAAGCUGACGGAGCUGGCACUGCAGCGGCUGUCGACGGUAGGCAUCGGCGGCGCCAUAUGCGUCAUCAUCAGCGUCCUCCUUUACCCCAUCUGGGCCGGAGAUGACCUUCACCGCCUCAUCCCUGCCAACAUCGAAAAGCUCGCCGCCUCCCUUGAAGAAUGCGUGCUACAGUUCUUCAACGAUGCUCAAGAUGAUGAUCACAGGAAAGCUUCUCGGAUCGAUGGGUAUAAAUGCGUGUUGAAUUCCAAAACCACUGAAGAAUCUCUGGCCAACUUUGCAAGGUGGGAGCCAGCACAUGGCCCCUUCAGCUUCAAGCACCCUUGGAAGCAAUACCUCAAGAUUGGUACUUUAUCUCGCUACUGUGCUUACUGCAUUGAAGCUCUCAAUGGCUGCAUCAACUCUGGCAUUCAGGCACCCGAGUCUCUCAGGCAGCAGCUGCGGUCCGUUUGUGCCAAUCUAGGCAUUUGCUUUUCUGAGGUGCUGAGGGAGCUAGCAGCUUCAUUGAAGACUAUGAGCAAGUCCUCCAACAUAAGAUUCUUAGUUCAUGAUAUGAACAAUGCUGUAGAAGAGCUCCAAAAUUCACUGAAGUAUCUGCCUGAAACUAUGCAUGAGAAUGCAGUGACGAUUAUUGAAGCAUUACCGGUAGUUUCAGCUGCUGCUCUUCUGAUCGAAAUUGCGGCGAGGAUCGAAGCUGUUGUUUUGGCAGUUGAUGAAUUGGCAGAACUUGCUGGUUUCAAAGAUGAAGAGGGGGACCAAAAGCAUCAAGAAGAAGAACACGCCAAAGAAAUGAAAGCAUUGCAGCAAGUGUAGCAGAAUGAAAGAAGAUUGUUUGAUUUAGGCUUAGGGGUUUGGAGCUUGUACAUUGUGAUCAUUUAUGUCUUUGCAUGCAUUGAUGCCCAUCUCCUAUUCAAUUUUCUUUCCGUAGAAUGUGCACUUGCCUCUUCCACCCUCCUAGAGAUUCCCUAGAUUUCACAA